AUGCAGUUCUCAACCCUUACUCUUUUGGCGGCUUCUGCCUUUAUUCCAGCCAUCUACGCCGCCUCGGCUGCACCACAGGACACUUGCCACUGCACGGGUGACGACAAGGCAGCGAGUGGAGUCAAAUCAACCACAGAGCAAUGCUGCGCAAAUGCAGUCUUUGGCGGAGGUGUUAAGGCGGCGGGAAAGUUCACCGGCGAUGUAUGCGACUAUACCGGAGUGGCCGCUUUUAAGAAUUUCGAUAUUGUCACUGCCAUAGAAGGAUUCGACUCUUGUUGUCGUACAACAAAGCCCGGCGGUGUUCAAUCUGCUCAGGGAGGACAAUGCCAAAAGUCCACAAAAUCCUAA